AUGCCUUCUGUAUUUCGCACUCUUUUUGGCGCGGCCAUGCUAGGCAUGGUACACAGCCAAGGCGUCGUCCUGAAGGCCGUUGGCAAUUCAGGAACCAGUUUGGGACUGCUAGUCGACUCAAGCGACCCAAAUGAUGCCAACUUCAUCUCGGACGCUGAGAUUUCCGCCAACGUUGUCAACGAGUGCGGGCGCACAUUUGUGGGAGGCAACAUAGACAUCGGUGCCAACACUGAGGACGCACUGGCCGCUGGCAAUGUCACACAGGUGACCAAGGGGAGCAAUGUGAAGAUCACGAUCGACCAGCGCAGUGCCAACGGCACUGGCCCUUUCACGUGUGACAUGGACCAGACGGGCAACUCGCUCGCCACUGGACAGACAGCCUUGACCGUUGCGCAGGACAGCACCACAGGCACAGGGCAGACGACCUUGACUGUCACUAUGCCUGCGGACAUGGCAUGCCAGGGAUCAUCUCAGGGCAACGUCUGUACCGUACGAUGCCGAAACGCCGAGGACUUUGGCGGAUGUGUGGCCGUUCAGCAGACGGAUGUCACAGCCCUGCCCGGCGACAACGCGCCGUCCAACAUCACCACCGCGGCGACGCUGGCCGAUGUGGAGGCCCAGGUCCAGCAGAACCAAAAGGACCUCCCCGCGGCGAUCGCAGGCAACGACGAGGCGGCUGCCAGCGACAAUGCGCAGAGUGCCAAUAUCGCUCAGGCCAUCAUUGCGGCCGAUCCUGCCGUCGUGCAGUCUGAGACUGCAGAGCUGGCGACCAAGGCUGCCAGUGCGAGCACCGCAGCCGCUACGGACACGACCAAUACGAAUGGAAAGUCUGGAAAGAACAAGAACGGUAAAGGCAAGAACAACAAGCGGGAGAGCCGUGCUGAGGGUCGCAAGAGAAUAGUGAACGUCGGCGUCGACUACGCCGAGAACACUCAGAACUGA